AGAGAGAGAGAGGAGAGGAGAUCGGGGAGGAGGACGACGACAAUGGAGGAGGUGGAUCACUUGGCGCAGGAGAGGAGCAGGGCGGAGUUCGACGUGGAGGCGAUGAAGGUCGUGUGGGCGGGGUCGAAGCACGCCCUAGAUGUCGCAGAUCGCAUGGCGCGCGUCGUCGCGAGCGAUCCGGUGUUUCGCAAAGAUAACAGAACGAUGCUUGGGCGGAAGGAGUUGUUCAAGAACACCUUGAGAAAAGCUGCCCAUGCAUGGAAACGGAUCAACGAACUCCGUCUCACUGAGGAGGAAGCAUCAAUGUUAAGAUUCUUUGUUGAUGAACCUUCUUAUGUGGAUUUGCAUUGGGGCAUGUUUGUCCCUGCUAUUAAAGGUCAAGGAACUGACGAGCAACAACAGAAAUGGAUACCACUUGUCUAUAAAUUGCAAAUCAUCGGAUGCUAUGCUCAGACUGAACUUGGUCAUGGCUCAAAUGUCCAAGGCCUUGAAACAACAGCAACUUUUGAUCCCAAAACUGAUGAAUUCGUCAUUCAUAGCCCGACUCUAACUUCAAGCAAAUGGUGGCCUGGUGGUUUGGGAAAAGUUUCUACACAUGCAGUUGUUUAUGCACGCCUUAUAACUGAAGGGAAGGACUACGGCAUUCAUGGAUUCAUUGUCCAAUUGCGAAGUUUAGAUGAUCACUCACCUCUUCCUGGUAUUACUAUUGGUGAUAUUGGAACUAAAUUUGGUAAUGGUGCAUAUAACACAAUGGACAAUGGUGUUCUGCGAUUCGAUCAUGUGCGCAUACCGAGAGACCAAAUGUUGAUGAGGGUUUCUCAAGUUACAAGAGAGGGAAAGUUUGUGCAGUCAGAUGUUCCAAGGCAGCUACUUUAUGGGACUAUGGUAUAUGUCCGGCAAACUAUUGUAUCUGACGCCUCUAAAGCUUUGUCUCGAGCUGUUUGUAUUGCCGUGAGGUAUAGUGCUAUUCGCAGGCAGUUUGGUUCGCAGGAUGGUGGUCCUGAGACUCAGGUCCUUGAUUACAAGACUCAGCAAAGCAGGCUCUUCCCAUUGCUGGCUUCGGCAUAUGCUUUUAGGUUUGUGGGAGAGUGGUUGAAAUGGCUGUAUACUGAUGUGACCCAGAGACUACAAGCCAAUGAUUUUUCGACGUUGCCAGAGGCUCAUGCCUGCACUGCUGGUUUGAAAUCGGUGACCACCUCAGCAACAGCUGAUGCCAUUGAAGAAUGCAGAAAGCUCUGUGGCGGCCAUGGAUACCUGUGUAGCAGUGGGCUUCCUGAAUUAUUCGCUGUUUAUGUUCCCGCCUGCACUUAUGAAGGAGACAAUGUCGUUCUUCUUUUACAGGUUGCAAGGUUUCUCAUGAAGACCGUCUCUCAGCUGGCUUCUGGAAAACAACCUGUGGGAACAACUGCAUACUUUUCUAAGAUACAACACUUGACGCAGUGCAAAUGUGAUGUUACUAGAGCUGAUGACUGGUUAAAUCCUUCAACAAUAGUAGAAGCUUUUGAGGCUCGGGCUGUUAGACUUGCUGUUAAUUGUGCCCAAAAUAUCAGCAAGGCUUCAAACCCAGAAGAUGGUUUUUAUGAGCUGUCUGCUGAUUUACUUGAGGCAGCAACCGCUCACUGCCAGCUGAUUAUUGUGUCCAAGUUUAUUGAGAAAGUACAGCAAGACAUACAGGGACACGGAGUUAGAGAGCAACUCCAGAUUCUCUGCAACAUCUACGCACUCUUCCUGCUUCACAAGCAUCUCGGCGACUUUCUCUCAACGGGGUGCGUUACUCCCAAGCAAGGCGCCCUAGCCAACGAGCAGCUCCGGAAGUUGUAUUCCCAGCUCCGUCCCAACGCCAUUGCCCUAGUCGAUGCGUUCAACUACACCGACCACUACCUCGGCUCAGUCCUCGGGCGCUACGACGGCAACGUGUACCCCACCCUCUACGAGGAGGCAUGGAAGGACCCGCUCAACGAGUCCGUCGUUCCCGAUGGAUACCACGAAUACAUUCGCCCCUUGCUCAAGCAGAAGCUCAAACUAUCCAGGCUAUGAAAGCGCUGUAUCAACAAACAAAAUCGAAACAAGAUUAUUUAUUACAUCUGAGUGUAGGUUUUAGAAAAUGUUGGCUCGCAUCGAUACUAUCGGUGCCAAAUAAUGAUGACAAAUAAAUUUAGUGAUAUUCGGAUAAGUGUGAGUUAUACCUCUGACUUAGUAUUGGAAUUACUAUUCGAUGUAUGAAUCGACGUUUUAAUCCUAAAUUAUGGAAAUGAGAAAGGUUUGUCCUGCGUCUAACC